AAUAACUUUAUUUAUACUUGAAUUACAAGAUAGCAAGUACAUGCUAAUAUCUCCAAGUUACUUAUUUCCUUUCCACAAUUGCUUGCUGCUGCUAAGAUUUUUAUCAGAGGUAUACGAUUAACAUCCCAGCUUAAAGAAAAUGUCCAAGCCACGAGGACUACUCGAACGUCUGGAUGCUGGAGAGGUCAUUGUGGGAGAUGGCGGGUUUCUGUUUUGCUUGGAAAAACGUGGUUAUGUAAAAGCUGGACCGUGGACUCCUGAAGCAACUGUAGAGCAUCCCGAAGCAGUUCGUCAGCUGCAUCGAGAAUUCUUACGAGCGGGUGCCGAUGUCAUGCAUACAUUUACCUUUUACGCCAGCGAAGACAAGCUAAAGAACAGAGGAAAUGAUGCUAUCAAGAUCGGGUGCGAAGCUAUCAACCAAGCAGCAUGUGACCUAGCUAGAGAGGUAGCAAACGAAGGAGGAGCUCUUGUAGCUGGCAAUAUUUGUUUGACAACAUCAUAUUUUAGUGGCAAGGGAAAAGAGGCAUGUCAGGCUGAGUACAAGAAGCAAUUAGACGUGUUUGUCAAGAAUGACGUGGAUUUUCUCAUUGGAGAGUUGUUUUCCGAAGUCGAGGAAGCAGAGUGGGCGACAGAAGUCAUGAAAGCCACGGGGAAACCAGUUGUUUGUUGUCUAACGAUCUCAGCCAGUGGUGACCKKARUGGUGUGUCUKUGAAAGRCUGUACCCUACGUCUUGCUAAAGCUGGUGCUGAUGUCAUCRGUGUCAAUUGUCRCUUUGACCCUGAUGUUUGCAUCGAGAUAGUACGUCUGAUGAAAGCAGCUUUGGACGAAGCCGGGAUAAAGAAACAUCUCAUUAUCCAGCCCAUAGGCUUCAAAACGCCGGAGUAUUUGGGCGGGAAWRWUAWAUGUGACUUUACUGACUUUCCAGAAUUCCCAUUCGGUAAUAUAACUUUUAAUAUCGAGAGAUAACAUCAUUGCAGUGAAACACCGCUGUUUUCCUUAAUUACAGAUUCAUUUACGCAGGGUUCGUUCGAUUUUGUUUAGAAUAUUUAUGAGUUCCAGUGAAGGCCAAUGGAAUUUCAAAGUGUAUUAUUGCAGGCA